CCCGCUUCACCCCCCUCCCCAGCAUGCGGACACCGACGGCGAUGAUCGUAGGGCUGGUGCUGUGCCCCUGCGGGCUCCUGCUGACGCUCACGGGCACGCUGACACCCAACUGGCGGCAGGUGAGCCGUGUACCCGACCAGCCCAUUGACCUCGUCAUGGAGCAGGGCAUCUGGGACAUCUGCACGGAGCGGCAGAGCAGCCACUACCGCCUCUGCGGACAAGCUGAUGAGCUGGACUACUUCAAGCAGGUGCCUGUGCAGGUGGCCCGAGGGAUGAUGCCCUCCUCGCUGGUGCUCACUCUGGUGGGCUUGUUGGUGGCUGCCCUGGGGGUUCGCUGCUGGCGGAAGGAGCCACGGCACACGCUGGCUGGCGUGGCAGGGAUUGUGCUGCUCCUCUCAGGGCUGCUGAGCCUUGUGCCUGCCUCCUGGUACACCCAUGAGCUGUGGGCACUGCCUGCACCAGCUGACAGCACGCUGGUUGUAGGCUACAGCUUGGUGCUGAGCUACUUGGGAAGCUGCUUUGAGAUCCUGGGGGGGCUGGCCCUCGCCCUCAGUUUCCACCACUGCUGCAAGAAGCUCAGGGCCCCCAAACUGCCCCCCAGCCCUGUUCUGGAGGCUGGGCCGUGCUCCACCGCUGGGGCUUACCGCAAUCCCUGGGAUGUGUUGGAGGACGAGAAAGAUGGACAGCAGUGGAGGAGCACCCUGCCUUGUGACUCUGACUUGUAGCCCCAGCACAGGGACAGCAGUGGGCACUGUCCCCACAGCCCGGCAUUGAGAGCGACGCUGGCUCCUGCCCCUCCAAGCCAUGACCUUCCCUUGGGGUACUUCAGAGCAGGCUGGAAACACCACCAAAGACCUGGCUUGUAUCUCUGCAACCUCCUCAAAAGUCUGCUGUGCUCCAGGUCCCUCAACUGUGCCAAAGCCGUGCUGGUUGAGGAUCAGCCCUGGCUGCAGUCCCUCCAUGCAGCUUUUAGUUCAUCCUCCUGUACUGUGCAGCAGCUUGGGCAAAGGUAGCUCCAGUGGUCCCACAUGAGUGUUGUAAAUUAAGUUCAGCUAGCUGAAUCCUUUUAACUGUAUUAUUUUGUCUGAGUAAUUUUGCGUAGCAAGAGUAGCCAACAUUGCUGAAGCCUUAAGCUGCAAGCUGCAACCUAGAAAAGUUGUCUUGAACUGUUGCUUAGUUAUGUGAAAGGAGUCCCUGAGACCAGUGCAAACUGGAAGAUAAGGAAGCCAUGACUGUCAACAGAAGCUGUAACCUAUCUAGAUAAAAGCAGCUAACACCCCACCUGGAGACAGAGGAAUAAUCCAGUAAGGAACAAGAAGACUCCAGAACAAAAAUCACUACUGGACCAAGAGGCAUGUGCAAAGCAUGUGAAGAACAGGUACAUAGAUUGUAAGGGUAUAAAAGCCCAGGGAUUUCAUUGUUCUGGGUCCCUUUCUGGAGGCACCCAGCUCAAGCUGCCCCUGUGGAUCUACCACUCAAUUAUUAAAUUAUUUUU